AUGUCUACGAGUGUCUCGACAAAUGCCAGUGUGAUACUGAUGAUGAGGCUAUUCAUUGCCACAAUGGACAACGCAAUACGGUCGGCGUUGUUCUUGCCAAGCAAUCGUCUCCGUGGAUUCACUGUUAUUGGUCUAACAAAUAACGCAAUCAAGCGAUUGCCCAGCGAAUCGAAAAUAAAGGAGAAAUUCCCGGAAUUGCGGGCAAUUGAUGCGGAAGGAAAUAAAGAUUUCGAUUGUGACACAUUGAGUGAAUAUGAAACCAUAAAGGUAUACAGUGAUUGCGAAGGAGGAGAUUCUGCAAUCAUUAUUCAUGGUCAACGAUUACCGGAUAUCGAGGAACCGACAGCGACGUGUGAUUUCGAAUGUCAGGUGAAAAAACACUAUCGGGCGCUACAUAACUAUUUGAUACGUAUUUGGCAGAUGCUCAAAGCAAAAUACGAAGAAAUGGAUAAAGAAAAAAUUGUGAAUGACGUGAAAGAUUUCUUCUUGAAAUUGGCCGAUAGAGUAAACAACAAUUUGAACGAAAUACAACUUCGUAUGAAAAAUCGCGAUACCACAGAACAUACUCCAACUCGACUGGUAUCGGCAACCACUACUACAAGAGGUAUCAACUGA